UUAAGGGCAUGGGUUAGGUGACCAGACUGGAGUCAAUACACAAGAGUACUGGAGGCCAAUAACCUCAAUCUCAACCUGGGGACCUCUUGGAAAUCAGCCGCGGUUUCCCGAUGAUAAUGAGGCUUUCUAAAGCUCUGAUAGACAUGGACAUGGCGGAUUAUACAGAGGCCUUGGAUCCUGCAUACACCACCCUGGAGUUUGAAAAUAUGCAAGUUCUGUCGAUUGGGAAUGAUACCUCCCCAUCAGAUGUAGCGAAUCUCAAUGCAUCAAACAGUAUUGGUAUUAAUUCCUUGUGUGCGAUUUGCGGAGACAGAGCUACGGGGAAACACUAUGGAGCUUCCAGUUGUGACGGUUGCAAAGGAUUCUUCAGACGGAGUGUUAGAAAGAACCACAUGUAUUCUUGCAGGUUUAGCAGACAGUGUAUCGUUGACAAAGACAAAAGGAAUCAGUGUCGUUACUGUCGGCUGAAGAAAUGUUUCCGAGCUGGGAUGAAAAAAGAAGCGGUACAGAAUGAACGAGAUAGAAUAAGCACAAGAAGAUCGAGCUAUGAAGACAGCAGCUUACCUUCUAUCAAUGUACUAAUCCAAGCAGAGGUACUGUCACAGCAGAUAACGACCUCGGUAUCAGUGUUAAAUACAGACAUAAGAGGGAAGAAGAUUGCUAAUAUUACAGAUGUGUGUGAUUCGAUGAAACAGCAACUCCUGGUUUUAGUAGAAUGGGCUAAAUAUAUCCCAGCCUUCUGUGAGCUUCCUUUAGAUGAUCAGGUGGCGUUGUUACGGGCACACGCAGGGGAGCAUCUACUUCUGGGAGCUGCAAAGCGGUCGAUGAUGUACAAGGAUAUCUUACUUUUAGGGAAUGAUCGAGUCGUGCCGCGGAACUGUCCAGAGCUAGAAGUGGGACGAGUAGCAGUCCGAAUUCUAGACGAACUGGUCCUUCCGUUCCAAGAACUUCAGAUCGAUGACAACGAAUAUGCCUGCCUGAAAGCAAUAAUAUUUUUUGACCCUGAUGCCAAAGGACUAAGUGACCCAACUAAAAUCAAGAGGAUGAGGUACCAGGUCCAAGUUAGUCUGGAAGAUUACAUCAACGACAGGCAAUACGAUUCCCGGGGAAGGUUCGGAGAGCUGCUUCUUCUCCUCCCCACCCUACAGAGUAUCACCUGGCAGAUGAUCGAGCAAAUCCAAUUUGUCAAACUUUUUGGGAUGGCCAAAAUCGACAACUUGCUGCAGGAGAUGCUCCUCGGAGGGUCUGCAAACGAAGCCCCCCACUCACAUCACCCCCUUCACCCUCACCUUGUUCAAGACCACCUAGCAACAAAUGUCAUUGUAGCCAACAACACCAUACCUUCUCAACUCCACAACGGACAGAUGUCCACACCGGAGACUCCCCAGCCAUCACCACCAGCAGGUUCCGGAACUGAACAGUACAAAAUUAUACAUGGUGCUAUCGCUACUGUGUCUAAACAACCAACUUCAAUCCCACAGCCAACUAUCACCAAGCAGGAAGUCAUGUGAAUAAAAUAAAAAAAAAGAUGGACUUGCCACUCUGGCUAUUAAUUAAUAUCUCAUAAAAUGAAAGGACUAAUUCAUUAAUAGCCAAGUUAAAGACAACUAAAACAAGCCAAAAACCUUCUCUCCCACUGCCUGGACUGAGCAAAACUUUAUUGUAAUGCUUUCCACUGGGCAGCAAAGCAUAGUUUUCUUUUUACCAAAAGUGAUAUUUUUGUAUAGUUGAAUAAUAAUUUUAAAAAAAAAUGUUCCACUGCUUUCCUUUUAGUUUUUGAACACUUUGCUGUUAAGUUGAAUUGUAAGAUAUUACAUUGAGUUUAUAGUUUAUAGUUUGGAAUAUGAAUACAGAAAAUUAUAGCCAUUCAGAAACAGGAUUGUUAAAAAUGUGACUAUUUUGGGUCACGUCUGCAUAAACAAAAGGAUGGAUAUGAUAGGUGUUUAGGGUAGUUCCAUAUUUGGGGGUGUUGCAUUUUUAUAAUUUUUACAAUUCAUUUGCAAAUGUACUCCUGGUUAUCUGCUCAGCGUUAUACUACAGCAACCUCAACCAACCUAUCCUACAGCAACCUCAACCAACCUAUCCUACAGCAACCUCAACCAAACUCCAGGGUUGAAGCAAUGUUUGCCCCGAAAACACGACGUGGACAUGUACUUGUAGUGACACAUGAAGAUGCCUCUUGCCUGGAAUGUCAGAUGGAAUAUAACUUGUAGGUUCCAGAAACAUUUCUGAUUCAGCAUAGUUACCUGGAGUAACUAGUUUUAUCGAAAAAUACCAGUGAUGAGUUAGUAGACAUUACAAAAAAAUACCCACAUACAAAAAAAGCCCACUACAUUUCUUGUUUUAAAAAUUUGGUUUAUUAAAAAACUGUUGCACAAUUCAAAGGACAACUACUCAUUAUACAGUAGAUGCCUUCAAAUGAAUUAUCUUGCCCAGAGCAUUUACCACCACUUUUUUUCGAUGCUCAUGCAGCAAGGUUGGUGUCAACUUCCUCUAUUUUAAUUACAAUGAUCCCAAUAACUUUUCUGUGCUCCGUGUACAUCCAGGUAGUUACAAACUCAUCAAAAUGAACAGAAGGUAUUACCUAGUUACCUUGUAAUGGAGCAGAGGUUGAACUAGUGCAAGUCCAAUGGUUAGCCUUAUGCAGAUAGGUUAUACCCGUGAGAUAAGCCUUUAUUCUCGAGACACACUUAGAACCUUUGGUUACUGGACAAAGUUUUUAAUGAUAAAGCACACCUAGGUAUUCUAAUUUGACAUAGUUAAUUUCUUCUCCAAGGGCAGCUAGUAAGGCCCAUACUGUAAAGUUCUCAUUUUGCGUCUCAUACAUUCAACACAAACUCAAGUUUACUUUAGUUCAUGACACAUCUGUUUUUUUAUGUUCCUCGUGUCUAAUUUGUGCAUUUCCCGUAAUCUUCGCUGGUGUUUUUGCCCCCCAAAAUAUACUGCUUUUAGGCUCUUGUGGUUGGAUAGAGGUUGUGGGUCAUGGGACAAACUAGGAAUUUGUUGGAUCUUGGUUCAAAAUUCUCCAGCAAGUCAAUGAAUUCUUCGAAGAAUACAAAUUUCAGUGGAAAUGCACAAACAAGAUAUACUUAAUCUUUCAUCAGUCUCAGAUGAAACAUUAGGAGCGACGCUAGAGUGUGUCCCCUAGAAAUCUGAAGGUGUGACCCCUAAACAAUGCCUGUUAAUAUAGAUGGUCUAUUUCUCUGGGAAAAACUAAUUUGUUUCCCCCCAGGCCCUGGCCGAAUUUGUUUGCUCUGAUUUUAUUUUCAAAUCUCGAAAUUUUUAGCUAGCUUCUAACCAUUCGAGGAAACAUAAAGACUAUUGGAUCAUUCAAGGAGGGUUUUCCAAAACUCCGAACAGUAGCGUUUAUUUUGAGUUUUCUGUACAUCGUGAGAGUUAAGAUUGCUCUUUUAAUGCCCAUUCAUUUUCACUGCCACGGAAAAAUAAAUGAAAUAUCUUUUUUUAUCACGUAGUGGUAUUAGAAGAGAAAAUGCACAUUAUACGUCACUGCCAAGAUUUAGAGGCCUUUGCAAAAUGCACAUGUACAUACAAACAGUAUACUUUCUGUAAUUUAUUGUCCCAAUGAACACUUUACUUAAAUUAUUUUGUACUAUAUGCUGAUUGCUACAAAUUAACAAUUUUUCUAAGAAAAUAAUUGACCCCAUUUUAUAGGAAGAUGUUUUAUUAAUUUGAUCACUUUUACAGAUCUGUCUUUCUGAUAUGUUGUUGAGAGCAAUACACUGUACAUUGUAUGUUUUUCUAAUUUUUGGUAAAAAUGCCCUUUGAAUAGGAAAAGUAAAUAUUCAACAUUUUCUGCCCAGUUUGCUACGUUUGUUAGAUAGAAAUAAAUAUAUAAUGUUUUAUA